AUGUUAUAUUUUUUUGUUUAUUUGCAAUUAAAAGAUUUUUUUGUUUCAGACAAUGAACGGAGAAUUAGAGCCAACAACAGGGAGUACAACGCGCAAUUCCGUUACGCCAACAACUACAUCAAGACGUCUAAGUAUUCGAUUAUCACGUUCCUGCCAUUGAAUUUACUGGAGCAGUUUCAACGAUUGGCGAACUUCUACUUCUUGUGCCUGCUGGUUUUGCAGCUGAUCCCAGCGAUCUCGUCGUUGACGCCUAUCACUACAGCUAUACCACUAAUAGGAGUGCUCGCCCUCACUGCCGUAAAGGACGCUUACGAUGAUUUUCAACGUCAUCAAAACGACUCUCAAGUUAACCACAGACGGGCGAAGACACUCCGUAAUGGCAGGCUUGUGGAGGAGAAGUGGGCGUCUGUUCAGGUGGGAGACGUCAUCCGGCUGGAGAACGACCAGUUCGUGGCGGCUGACAUAUUGCUGCUGAGCAGUUCCGAACCUAAUGGACUCUGCUAUAUAGAGACUGCUGAACUGGAUGGGGAGACGAAUUUAAAAUGUCGCCAGUGCCUUCUUGAGACGGCCGCAAUGGGCCAAGACGACGCACAACUGGGCGCGUUUGACGGCGAAAUCGUCUGUGAAACGCCCAACAAUCUACUUAAUAAGUUUGAAGGCACAUUGAGUUGGCGCGAUCAACAUUUUGCGCUGGACAACGAUAAAAUACUUCUACGCGGGUGUAUUUUACGUAAUACGCCGUGGUGCUACGGCGUGGUAGUGUUCGCUGGGAAAGAUACAAAGCUAAUGCAAAACUCUGGAAAGACCAAAUUCAAGCGCACCAGCAUAGAUAGACUACUCAACUUCCUUAUAAUAGGGAUCGUGCUGUUUCUGCUGUCGAUGUGCGUAUUCUGCACGAUAGCAUGCGGCGUGUGGGAGUGGUUCGUGGGCAAGAACUUCCAGGUGUACCUGCCGUGGGACAGCCUGGUGCCGUCCGAGCCCGGGCCCGGCGCCACCGUCAUCGCGCUACUCGUGUUCUUCUCUUACGCGAUCGUUAUGAACACCGUCGUUCCCAUAUCAUUAUACGUAUCUGUGGAGGUAAUAAGAUUUGCACAGAGUUUCUUGAUUAAUUGGGAUGAAAAAAUGUAUUAUGAAAAGACCGGGACAGCGGCUAAGUCGCGUACGACGACGUUAAACGAAGAGUUAGGUCAGAUUCAAUACGUAUUCUCCGACAAAACUGGCACUCUGACACAAAAUAUAAUGACUUUUAAUAAGUGCUCGAUAGCGGGAGUGAGUUACGGCGAUGUUGUGGACGAAAAUACCGGCGAAACCAUCGAACUCACAGACCGCGGCCGGCGGCGGGCGGGCGCGGGCGGCGCGGGGGCGGCGGUGCGCGUGACGGCGCUGGGCGCCGGCGGGGCGCGCGCGCGCCUGCUCGAGCGCGAGCACGAGGCGGGCCGCAGCACGCCCGGCGCCGCGCCCGCGCACGCGCACAGCACAGAGCCGCUGGACUUCUCCGAUAACCCAGAAUACGAGCCGGAGUUCAAGUUCUUCGACUCGAAGCUGCUGAAGGCGGUGCGUCAGGGAGACCGACACGUGUUCGACUUCUUCCGCCUGCUGGCGCUCUGUCAUACCGUCAUGCCCGAACAGAAGAAUGGCCGGCUAGAGUACCAGGCACAAUCGCCUGACGAGUCGGCGCUAGUGUCGGCGGCGAGAAACUUUGGUUUUGUGUUCAGAGAGCGUUCCCCUAAUACUAUUACUAUAGAAGUUAUGGGUAAAAUAGAGGUGUACGAGUUGUUAUGUAUAUUAGAUUUUAAUAAUGUUAGGAAAAGAAUGUCCGUGAUAUUGAAGAAGGAUGGCGAAAUUAGGUUAUAUACUAAAGGUGCUGAUAAUGUUAUAUACGACAGAUUAAAACGUAGUCAUCAAGAGGAAGUUAGAUCAAAAACGCAGGAGCAUUUAAAUAAAUUCGCGGGCGAGGGUCUGCGCACGCUGGCGCUGGCGUGGCGGCCGCUGGAGGAGCGCGGCUUCGCGGAGUGGAAGCGCCGCCACCAGGCCGCCGCGCUCGCGCUGCGCGACCGCGACGAGCGCCUCGACGCCAUAUACGAGGAGAUCGAGACCGAUCUUAUACUUAUGGGUGUAACAGCUAUUGAAGACAAAUUACAGGAUGGAGUUCCGGAAACAAUAGCAAAUUUAAGUAUGGCUGGCAUCAAAAUAUGGGUUUUAACGGGAGAUAAACAAGAGACAGCAAUAAACAUCGGCUACUCGUGCCAGCUGCUGACGGACGACAUGGCGGAGGUGUUCGUGGUGGACGGCGUGUCGCACGACGACGUGGAGCGCCAGCUCGCCAAGUGCCGCGACUCCAUACGCGUCGUCAAUACAUUUUUGCCGCAUGGCACAUCAGACGCAAAGAAGUCGAGCACGGAGACGGCCAACGGCGGGUCGGCGCCGGGCGCGUCGCCGGGCCGCGCCGCCAACGUGAAGCUGAACGCGCCCGCCGUCUCCGUCGUCACAUUUAGGUGGGAACAUAGCGUUACACGCGACAGCAACGAGUACGCGUCCGGCGGCGGGCCGUGCGCCGCGGACGCGCACGAGCACGGCAACGACGACACCAACGGGUUCGCCAUCGUCGUCAACGGGCACUCGCUCGUGCACUGCCUGCAUCCGCAGCUGGAGGAGAAGUUUUUGGACGUGGUUCUUCAAUGUCGGUCAGUAAUAUGCUGCAGAGUGACACCAUUGCAAAAGGCAAUGGUCGUGGAACUCAUCAAGAAAAGCAGGAAAGCUGUCACGCUCGCGAUAGGAGAUGGUGCCAACGAUGUUUCUAUGAUUAAAGCCGCGCACAUCGGCGUGGGCAUAUCGGGGCAGGAGGGCAUGCAGGCGGUGCUGGCGUCGGACUACUCCAUCGCGCAGUUCCGCUUCCUGCAGCGCCUGCUGCUGGUGCACGGCCGCUGGUCCUACUACCGCAUGUGCAAGUUCCUCAGAUAUUUCUUCUACAAGAACUUCGCCUUUACCGUGUGCCACUUCUGGUUCGCGUUCUUCUGUGGAUUCAGUGCGCAGACGGUGUUCGAUGAGAUGUUCAUAUCGGUGUACAACCUGUUCUACACGUCGCUGCCGGUGCUGGCGCUGGGCGUGUUCGAGCAGGACGUGUCGGACGCCACGUCGCUGCAGUUCCCCAAGCUGUACGCGCCGGGGCACACCAGCCAGCUCUUCAACAAGAAGGAGUUCAUCAAGUCCACGCUGCACGGGUGCUUCACAUCGCUCGUGCUGUUCCUCAUUCCCUAUGGUACUUAUAAGGACGGCUUGGCGCCCGCUGGCAAGAUAUUGUCAGAUCACAUGUUGUUAGGAAGUGUCGUGGCCACUAUACUGAUCAUCGACAAUACUACACAGAUUGCACUCGAUACGACGUACUGGACGGUAUUCAACCAUGUCACGAUCUGGGGCUCGCUGGUGUCCUUCUUCGUGCUGGACUACUUCUACAACUACGUGAUCGGCGGCCCCUACGUGGGCUCGCUCACCGUCGCGCUCACGCAGGCCACCUUCUGGUUCACUGCUGUACUUACUAUGAUAAUCCUGAUGGUGCCGGUGGUGGCGUGGCGGCUGGCGUGCUCGCGGCGGCGGCCCACGCUGGCGGAGCGCCUGCGCGCGCGCACGCGCUGGCGCCAGCGCUCGGCCGGCGUGGACGCGCCGCGCACGCCGUCCGCGCGCCGCGCGCGCCGCUCCGUGCGCUCCGGCUACGCCUUCGCGCACCAGGAGGGCUUCGGCCGCCUCAUCACCUCCGGCAAGAUCAUGCGCCGCAUCCCGCACGCCGACGCCGCGCUCUCCGCGCUCGCCUCGCUGCCCGGCAAGUUCCACCCGCGGACCUCCUCCCCGCCGCCCUCGCCGCACUCCGCCGCGCUCGCCUCGCUGCCCGGCAAGUUCCACCCGCGGGCCGCCUCUCCGCCGCUCUCGCCGCACUCCGCCGCGCCCUCCGCCUCCCCGCCGCCCUCGCCACCCUCGCCGCCCUCGCCGCGCGCGCCCAAGCAGGACCUCGACUCGGUGGACUUA